CCUCAACUUCCAAACAUUUUGGAGAUGUAGAUGCACAACAGAUUAUUGAUUUACAACUACAGCAACUCCAAAAUGCAAUGGAGUGUGAUGAACCCAGAUCAGCAGCAUCUCAUGAUUGGGCAUUGAGGCAAACCUUGUCUGAAGAACGCUGGGAGGAAGCAAGGCCAAAACUCCUUGAUAGUUUGCUUGCUUCAGACUGUGUGCAUUAUGGUCCUUGUGAUCACUGCAGCUUGAAACAAGCAGUCAUCAGAUGCAAGGACUGUUUCCCAAAACCCCGUUACUGUGGCCAGUGUGACGUUUCUAUGCAUCAACAUCUUGUUUUUCACAACCGAGAGACUCUUAUAGAUGGAUUCUAUAAACCUCUCCCACCAUCAACUGCUGUGCAAGACCUAAGUGGCCAAAAUGUCAUAUAUGAACAAGUGUGUCUGCUGCCCAUUACACAACCAGACAAAAUUUGUGAUUGUGAACCUCAAAACCUGGCUGUUGUAGCUGGACGAUCUGUUGUGCUCAUCUGUAUAAAUGGUCGCUAUGACGUCUUCCUGCCAGUGAUGAAUUGCAGAGCUUGUCUUGCAUCAUGGACACCUGAGGUGGUUGAACUGUUGUUUAGUGGUUACUGGCCAGGCACUGUCGAGUUUCAAACCAUAUACAAGGUAGACCUCUUCACAUCGUUUGAGGACCUGAAGAUCACUGCACCUGGACUUUCAAGACAAGCAUUUGUGAAAAUGUUACAACAGCGCUCACAACAAUUUGGAUGGGUAAGACUUGGAAAGUAA